AUGGCUGCCGCCGGCCGGGGAGGACGCCUUUCUACACUGCCGGCAGCGGCCGAACCCAAGUCACCGUCGCUUUCGCCACGUCCAGCAGCUCCCACCGGAGGGAGGCCUAGGAAGUGUCUGGUCUACCCGCAUCCCCCGAGGAGCUCCCGCCUGUCUCCGUCGGUGCUGCGCUGGCUCCAGGGCCUGGAUCUCAGCUUCUUCCCCAGGAACAUCAGCAGAGAUUUUUCAAAUGGCUUCCUGAUAGCAGAAAUAUUCACUAUCCAUUACCCCCAGGACCUUAAAUUGUCAUCCUUUAAAAAUGGAACUUCUUUAAAAGUCAAGUUGGAUAACUGGGCACAGCUGGAAAAGUUCCUGGCAAGAAAAAAACUUAAGCUACCUAAAGAACUAAUCCACGGAACAAUUCACUGUAAAGCCGGAGUGCCUGAAAUACUGGUACAAGAGGUGUACUCCUUGUUAACACAUCGAGAAAUUCAAAGUAUCCAGGAUGACCUCGUGAAUUUCACAGACUACAGUUACCAGAGGCAGUUGCCCCUGGUUCCUAGAUCGACAGCUUCAAAGUCUAUUAAAGAUAACAUUAGGUUAUCAGAAUUAAUAAGCAAUCCCAACAAGCUCAGCAAUGAACUUAAAGUGGACUUCCUCUUCCUGUUACAAAUGCUGCAAAGACAAUUGAGCAGAAGACUGAAUCCAAAAUGGUUUGAGGUCAAACCAACAGUGGGAGAACGUACUCUCAAUCACCUUCCUGCCCGAGCUACUGGGUGCAAAUAUAAAUCAGCAAUUUCAAAGGAAAGAGUUGCUCCUGUUUCCAGUGGUGGGGACGCAUUGUCGGCUAAAAACCAGUCACAACAGGAGAGGGUCCCAGUCCAGGCUGUCCCUGUCUGCCACCACAGGAGCCAAUUCACUUCCAAUUUCUCCAUAAAAAGGAAACCAAUCAGACACAUGGAAAAGGAACCUGGAAGAGCAUCUGUCUAAUGGCUUUGAAGAAGUGAUGCCACCACCCCCGCCCAUCCAAAGGGGUACAAUCACCCAGCCUUGGAUGUAUGUCAACAAUAAGUAAAUGAAAGUGGUGUCUUGUCCA